AUAUAUUUGAUCUAUGCCGUCAUUAUUCUUUUGCUUCGUUCAACAGUUUUUACAAGUUUGAACCAUAAAUAAUAAUUAUUAUGCAUCUUCUUACUUUUUCAGUAUUCACGUGACUCUGAGCUUUCAAGUCCGACAGCUAGUCUCUUGUGUCUUACAUCCUUUUGUCACGUACCUCCUGCUCCGUUCACCUCUCUCUAGAUUUUUUCUACAGAAAGCAAAAUCAAGUCUGUGAUAUUGUAAUCUCAUACAUUAUUAUUGACAUGCUUCUUUAACCCAUUCCCAACUCAGAGAAAAUGCUUCGUUGUAACUUCCCCAUUUCUCAGUUCCUUUUCUACUGUUUCUUCUUCGCCGCCAUUGCUUCUUCUUCUUCUUCUUCUUUAAACAGCACAAAACCCGCAUCUCAUCACCGUGAUGCUUACUCUCUUUUGCUGUUCAAAUCCAAAGCUGAUCUAUGGGACAAGCUUGGUUUCUUCAGCAACAAAAGCUCCAGCUUCUGUCAAUGGUGGGGUGUUACGUGCUACGGCAACAAAGUGGUUCGUUUGGUUAUAGAAGAUCUCUAUCUUGGAGGCCAACUCGCUCCUGACUCAGUCAAUAAACUCGACCAGCUCCGAGUUCUCAGUCUCAAGAACACCUCCUUAACCGGACCUUUACCCGAUUUAUCCGGGUUGGUUAAUCUCAAGUCGCUAUUUCUCGAUCACAACUCCUUCUCCGGUUCGUUUCCUCUCUCGGUUCUCGAGCUUCACCGGUUAAGAACCCUUGAUUUCUCAUUCAACAACCUCACCGGUCCAAUCCCUCACGGUUUAGUCUUAUCCGACCGGUUGAUUUACCUCCGACUCGAUUCAAACCGGUUUAACGGAGCUGUCCCUGCUCUAAACCAAUCCUCGCUUCAUUCUUUCAAUGUUUCGGUUAACAACUUAACCGGUGCUGUACCGGUAACCGCCGUUCUGUUACGGUUCGGCAUUUCCUCUUUUCUCAAAAACCCUAACCUCUGCGGCGAGAUCGUUCACAAAGAAUGCAACCCGAGGUCCAAAUUUUUCAAUCUAUCUCCGCCGGAAAAGGCGCCGCCGCCACCACCGCCUUUCCCGCACGGCCAAAUGGCCGAUUUCAGAGGAGCGGGAUUGUCCCGGCCGAGUCAUAGCAAGCAUUCGCGAUUCGCGGUGAUUCUAGGGUUUCUAUUAGCCGCUCUUGUUCUGUUUAUCUCCGUGGGUUGUCUAAUCGCCGCCGUAAAGAGGCGGAGAGACAAUAAGGAUAAAGAGAAAGGGAAAGAAUCGACGGCGGUUGUUGCGUCCGACGCGGCGGAGACGGCGGAAGUAGCGGCGGCGAUACAGAUGGAGCAAGAGAGUGAGCUGGAGGAGAAGGUGAAGAAGCUACAGGCGGCCAAGAGUGGGAGCUUAGUAUUCUGUGCGGGAGAGGCCCACGUGUACACGAUGGACCAGCUAAUGACAGCUUCCGCUGAGUUAUUGGGUAGAGGAACGGUGGGGACCACGUAUAAGGCGUUGCUUGACAGCCGUUUGAUCGUGACGGUUAAGAGGCUAGAUGCCAUUAGAUUGGCGGGCGUAGGGAGGGAAAAGUUUGAGAGACACAUGGAAUCAGUUGGAGCAUUAGGGCAUCCGAACCUGGUCCCACUCAGGGCUUAUUUCCAGGCCAAGGAAGAAAGGCUGCUGAUUUAUGAUUAUUUGCCAAAUGGCAGUCUCUCUUCUCUCGUCCACGGUACAAAAUCGUCAAGGGCAAAGCCAUUACACUGGACAUCUUGUUUGAAGAUAGCAGAAGACGUAGCUCAGGGUCUCUCUUACAUCCACCAAGCAUGGCAGCUUGUUCACGGAAACCUCAAAUCCUCAAAUGUCCUUCUCGGACCAGACUUCGAAGCUUGUAUCUCCGACUACUGUCUCGUCGCCCUUGCAACGAACCCUCCUCUAACAUCAAAUGACGCCCAAGAAGAGGCGGAUGCAAUUGCUUAUAAAGCCCCUGAAGCUCGACACAAGAGUUUGAGUUAUCAAUCCGUUAAAGCCGAUGUUUACUCCUUUGGGAUCCUACUUUUAGAGCUUUUGACGGGGAAACAACCUUCGAAGCUUCCGGUUUUACCAUUAGAUGAGAUGAUGGAAUUUGUGAGGAAAGUGAGAGAGGAAGGUGAGAAAAAUGGGAACUGGAGAGAGGACAGGGAUAAAUUCGGAAUGUUGACGGAAGUUGCGGUUGCUUGUAGCUUAGCAUCGCCGGAACAAAGGCCAACGAUGUGGCAGGUGUUGAAGAUGUUGCAGGAGAUUAAAGAAGCAGCUGUAAUGGAAGAGUGUGAACUUGUCAUGGACUCUACUAAUUCUGGCAGCUCAUAAGGACAACUUUUUCUAAGAAAAGAAACUUAAUAUGUCGCUUUCUCUCUUCGUGUCUUUCACUAAUCUUUAAAACUAUGGUAGUUAACAGUGGCGGUUUUACAUUAGUGCCACACGAUUCCUGAUCACUUUGACUUGUCUUGAUGAUGUUUUCUUCCUAUGAGUAGUCCAGUGGAAUUUGAAUUAUGUAUUUCAACUAUGUAUUUAUCUUAAAUAUAAAGUCUUAAUUUAAA